CAGUAGAGGACAGUCAACACUGUACACUCUUAGAGAACUGAACACGACACACACUGUGAGUAACACGCUGUCUCUCUGUGCACACACUGACACCACUGGAUCUUAAUAUUACAAGGAAAUCAUCCUGGAUACUUAAGGUUGCAGGUGUGUGUGAGCGGGCAGGAUGAGGUGUGGCGUUGUGCUGUGUGUCCUGCUGCUGAUCUUGUCUGGGAGAGGUCUGAGUCGACGGAGGAGCAGACAGAAAGUAGACAAUCUAGUGGUCCAAAAUGAAGCAAAAGCUCUGACUUGUCCGGUGGAAGUGGCCUUCCUGGUGGACAGCUCUGAGAAUGCCAAGGGUCUUCUGUUUGAGAAGCAGCGUAGCUUCGUUCAGCGUUUCAGCACCAGGUUGUCUCCGCUGAGCAUUCCCGGCUGGCGCGUACGUCUGCGUCUGGCCGCGUUGCAGUACAGCAGCACCGUCUCAGUGGAACACAACUUCCGUGACUGGCAGGAUGUGGAUGUCUUCCAAAGCCGUGUGUUGUCCAUGGCCCACAUUGGUCAUGGCACAUAUUUGGCCUACGCCAUCUCGAACGCCACGCAGCUCUUUACUCAAGAGACGGCGAGCAGCAGUGUGCGUAUCGCCCUGUUGAUGACGGAUGGAGUGGAUCACCCACGUAGCCCGAGUGCCAUCGCUGCUGCCACAGACGCCAAAAACAACAACAUACGAGUGUUCAUCAUUGGCCUGACGCGAGACGGGCAGAGUGAUACCAGGCUGAGGUCCAUCGCCAGCCCUCCACCACAGAAGCACGUUUUCAGCCUUGAGGAUCCUCAGCUGGACGAGAGGCUUUUCAGAGAGUUGAGCACAGUUGUUAACACAGAGUGUCCACAGCCCAAAUCCUGUCUGUGUGAUAAAGGAGAGAGGGGUCCUCCAGGAAACCCGGGUAAACCAGGAAACCCAGGACGACCUGGCCCUCCUGGUCUCAAAGGAUUCAGAGGGGAACCCGGCUUGAACGGACGACCAGGAAUAGAAGGCCGUGAGGGAAGGCCAGGAGUGAGCGGGGAAAAGGGUGAGAGAGGAGAGUGCGGUGCAGCAGGACUGAAAGGAGAUCAAGGUGCAGAUGGACCACCGGGACCUCGCGGACCUCCAGGAGAGCAGGGUCCCAUUGGUGGUCCUGGAGAUCAUGGUCCACCGGGUCCUGCUGGACCUAAAGGUGACCGAGGACCUCCUGGAGCUUCUGGCCCUCCAGGAGAUCAGGGGAUUGGGUUUCCUGGUCCAAAGGGAGACAAGGGGAACCAGGGCAGACCGGGCCCUACUGGGCCUGUUGGGAUAGGAGAGCCAGGACCACCAGGAUCACCGGGACCACCAGGACCACCAGGCAACCAAGGUGUUCCAGGCGAGGGUUUACCAGGACCCAAGGGGGACAGAGGCUUUGAGGGUCCAAAAGGUGCACCUGGCCCUCCAGGGUUAGGCAUCAAAGGUGAAAAGGGGAAUACUGGAGCUCCAGGACCACAGGGACUGAUUGGAUUCCCUGGAGUUGGGAUUCAGGGAGAAAAGGGUGAACAAGGACCAGUUGGGCCGCCGGGCCUUAGAGGAGCUGCGGGUGUGGGCAUUGUAGGCCCAAAGGGGGAUCAGGGCUUCCCUGGUGAACAUGGACCUCAAGGAGAACGAGGCAUAGGAGAACCUGGACCAAAAGGGGAGCCAGGAUCAGAUGGUGCUCCAGGAAUUCCUGGCAUCCCAGGAGAAGAUGGAGCUGUGGGACCCAAGGGUGAGAUAGGUUUACCGGGUCUGCAAGGUCCUGAUGGUGCACCAGGAAGAGGGAUUCCAGGAGAAAAGGGCGAUCAAGGUGACAGAGGGGUUCGUGGUCUUCCAGGAUCUCCAGGACCCGCAGGACCACCGGGGGCGAAGGGAGAGCCUGGUAGUCCUGGGAUGUUGGGGAUGCCUGGGCCCCCAGGGUUUGGAUAUCCUGGUUCAAAGGGUGAGCCUGGGCCUGUGGGUACUCAGGGCGUGGUCGGAGAGCCAGGAAUCGGACUUGCAGGGCCAAAGGGUGACAGAGGACCACCUGGACCGGUGGGACCACAAGGGUUACCGGGAGAAGGUUACCCUGGGCCUCAGGGACUUCCUGGAUUGCCUGGAGUACCAGGAGAAAUGGGACCAGAAGGAAAAGGACUACAAGGACCUAAGGGGGACAGAGGUUCACCUGGGGUUCCUGGGCCACCAGGGCCAACUGGGAUAGGACAGUUAGGACCAAAGGGUGCGACUGGUCAGCCAGGUCCUCCUGGUCCUCCAGGUCCACCUGGUGAGGGUAUUCAGGGCCCGAAAGGAGAGCCCGGCUUCCAGGGACCACCAGGCCCCAGAGGUCUCUCAGGAGAUGGCCUUCCAGGACAGAAGGGGGACAGGGGUUUGCCUGGUGACCGUGGGAGAAAAGGAGACAGCGGAGAUUUCGGAGCACCUGGGCAAACAGGAGCAGCGGGAAAACCUGGUGAGAAAGGAGAUCCUGGCCUCUCGAGAGAAGAAGUGAUCAAAAUAAUCAGGGAAAUCUGUGGUUGUGGUCUGAGGUGCAGCGAGAGUCCCCUGGAGCUUGUGUUCAUAAUCGACAGCUCUGAGAGCGUCGGCCCUGAGAACUUUGAGCUUAUGAAGGACUUUGUGAACGCUCUGAUAGACCGUGUGGCUGUGAGCCGUGAGGCUACACGUGUGGGAGUUGUGUUGUACAGUCAUUUUGACAUGGUGGUGGUCAGCCUUCAGCAGGUGAUCGAUCGCACCAGCAUUAAAGCCGCUGUACGCAAGAUGCCCUAUCUGGGUGAAGGUACUUUUACGGGAAGUGCUAUCAGCAGUGCCACGCGGUUGUUCCAGGCCUCACGGCGUGGUGUGAGGAAGGUGGCUUUGUUGCUGACAGAUGGACAAGCGGACAGACGGGAUUCGGUGCAGUUGGAGGUCGCUGCAGAAGAAGCGCACGCUGCUGGAAUAGAGAUGUUCGUAAUCGGCAUAGUGAAUCGCAGCGAUUCAGAUUACGCCCAGUUUCAGAGAGAGAUGAGAUCCAUUGCUUCAGACCCGGAUGAGGAGCAUGUCUACCUCAUCCAUGACUUCAUGAACUUGCUCAACUUGGAGAUUGAGAUACUGAGUCGGAUCUGUGAACUGGAAGAUGGCUCAGUGCUCAGCUCAAACAGGAUCAUCAGUUUCCCAGCUGGCAAAGAGCCUGAACCUCCAGUGGGGUUUAAGACUCCCUCUCCAAAAACGUAUGAAAUUGGCAACGGGAAGACGUCAGUGUUCAAAGAGGAUGUGAAUGAUUUUACAGCAGGGAACAGAGUGAGUCUCCAACCUCCUGUCGCGACUGUGACAAGACCUUGGCCUCCUACAAAUGUCCUGUUUGAGCCUGAGAUCAGCUCUCCUUCACAGAUUCAACCUCCACCAUUCCAGUCUGGAGCAGCUAUAGGCUGUACAGAGAGGCUUGACCCUGGGCCGUGCAGGAGCUAUGAGGUGAAGUGGUACUACAAUCCUUUGGCUAAUGCCUGUGCCCAGUUCUGGUAUGGAGGUUGCCAAGGCAACAGCAACCGCUUCGACACACACCAGAGCUGCAUGGACACUUGUGUGAAAACAUGACGUGGCUCAGAAACUUCACCCAGUUCAUCACUUUUAAUGCAGUAAAUGGGAAAAGAUGAAAAGUUUUAUCUGGUUGAACUGUAAAGGAAACAUUUAUGCUUAAGUAGUGUAAAUACAAAUGAACAAAUUGUUACUUCUUUUUAUUAGGAAAUGUGAAUAGUACAGUGUGUGUACUGAACGUGUAAGUGGUAAAAAGGUAUUGAUUUUCAUUUGGAUGUGAUUUGCAGUUUAUACAUAAGGAUAAAACACUUAGGGGUGUGCUUUUAUCGGAAAAUAACUAACAGUGUGGUAGUGUGAUGUGGCUCGACGCGAAAUGGAGUUGCUUUUACUUUUUUAAAAAAAAUUAUUUUACCAUAACAGCACAUACCAAAGUGUUUUAUUCCUCUUAUCUGACUUUGCCAAAGUAACAUUUUUGUAUUUAUUAAAGAGCAACACAGCAAACUUUUUUUUUUUCAUUUACAGUUUAUACUAAGUUGUAGAACAUCCAUUAAAAAAAGUUAGUUCCUGUUAUCCCUUAUGUUAUUACAGCUCUAAACAGCUGCUCCCUCAACUGGCCUCGCUUCUUCUCUCUCUUGAAGUUAAUAAGACAAAAAAAAAAAUGCGGUUUGUCAUGUUACCAAGAAUCCACAGACUCAAAACUUAGUUACAGCUUUACCUCUGCCUGUUAGAAAGUGCUGACACUGGAGGCUCCUUCCACAAAUACAAACAGGAAAGCUUCAUCAUAUCAGCACAUUAUCACCAUAUCAACAUACACCCAUUUUUUAAUGCUUCUGUGUGGAGUGUCCACAGUACAAGUCCCUGUGUAAGCUGUUACUAUAGAAACCUCAACCUUCUGACUAACAAGAAUCGAGAAUACAGCAGUGCUGUGGUGUUUAUACAGGCUGAUUAAUGUAGAUACUAUGGAUUUUUUUUUGGUAGAAAGUUGCAGUUACAUGAUGUUUUAAUACUGAAGGCUUGGAAUCAGAUUGCUGCCCAGGAACAAAACAGAAAAAAGAUGAGAAAAUCCACAAGAAUAUAGUAAACUUUACAUAUGAUAUCACUAUAUACAAGUUAUGAGCAAUGAUUGCCUUUUGCAUUCAUUGUGAUCUUUAGAUUCCAAUAAUUAGGAUUUUAGGAUCGUCAAUAUUAUAAUUUGAGAUGGCACCGAUCCGAUACCCAGCAAAAAAAUGGUGGAUCAGGUAUCAGAGGGGAAAAAAUAAUUUGAAAGAAUGUGAUUGGAAUUCGGUUUGGAAAAAGAUUUUUAAAUGUUUGCAUAUAAAGAGUCUUGAUUUUAUUUUUUUGUUAGAAUUGAUUAUAUUUUUGUAUGAAAGCUGCAGUUUUGUGUACAUUGUAUUUUUAGUGCUUUAGGUAAUCAUUUUAAAGCUUAGUAGUUUUU